AUGUUUAUCGCGGUUGGACCAACAGCUUUCACGUGUGGUGGUUUGAUCGCACUCGGCACACAAGCCAAGUCCGCUCUUCCAGAUGACUUCCUCAGCACCCCCAGCAUCCCCGCCGGCGAACUCUGGUCCGGCAUGUCAGUAGCAGCCGGGCUCUUCAUCUGGCUCAUGGCGAUCUGGUUCUCAGCCCUAUCAACGAUAUCAGUCCUCCGCGCCGCUCGAAGAAUGGAGUUUAGUUUGUCAUGGUGGGCGCUUGUAUUCCCUAACGUCGGGCUGGCUCUUGCGAGUAUCAACGUUGGAAACACUCUGUCAUCGAGGGGGAUUAAGAUUUUUGGAUCGGCGUUAACGGUUGUGUUGGUUAUUGUGUGGUUCAUCUGUGCGGCGUUCCAUAUUCGAGCUAUCAUCAGGAGGGAUUUACUUGCUGUUGGGAAGGAUCUGGAUGUUGAGCAUGUUAACAAACAGCACGAUAUCAAGGCUGAGAAGCAAAGGGACUAG